CCAAGUGAAUUUACAGAAAUAAUAUCAGAGCUCCAGUGGAUUCUUUCACACAUUAAAUGUGUUUCCUUCUUCUUCUCUUUACAGCUCGACCACUGAGAUGGGUUUUACUGUUUCUAUCUCUCAGCCAUCAGGCUUCUUCUGUAUAUUUUUCACUGAAGGUUGAGUCUCCAGUCUCAGGGCUCCUUGGUUCCUCUGUGUCUCUGCACUGUGCUGUCACCAACAACAUGGAUGUUCGACCUCUAAAAGUGCGCUGGUACCGUCCCAAAAUGUCUGACACCCCAAUACUCCUCUAUGAAAAUAAACAGAUCCAGAAGAGUCGUGUAGAUGUUCAGUACCAGGGCAGAGUGUUCCUGUUAGGAGAUCUGGAGAAAGGAGACGUCUCUGUGAAACUGGAGAACCUGACACUAACAGAUAGAGGAGAAUAUGUGUGUCAUGUGAAAAGUGAUAUAUGGUACGAGAAGGCCACAGUGACCCUCAGACUGAGAGUGGUGGGAUCCACUCCUGUUCUCUCCAUACGUGAAGCAGGAGAAGGGCAGGUGAACGUUACCUGUCAGUCACAUGGUUGGGUUCCUGAGCCGUCAAUCACCUGGACAGAUAAAAAUGGGAGAGAUCUGAAACAUCUCAGUAAUGAAAAGUUCACCAUCAACUCUGUAGGGACUGUAGAUGUGAGCUCGUGGCUGAUUGUGUCUCCCUCUGAGUCUGAGUGGAUCUCCUGCUCUGUGGGUUUGUCUGAUCAGGAGAGAAAAGAAGACAGAAUAAUGUUACACGUCCCUGCACGUGACACAGAGUCGUUGACUGGAUACAUCAUCAUCAUCAUUCCCGUUCUUCUGGUGCUGUGUGUCGUCGGAAUUGCAGUGUAUUGUGUGCUACGUAAAAAAGAGCAGAGAAGAACACCUGCUGCCUCCACCUCACAUCUCAUCCACACUAUCACCAGUUCUAAUCUCACACUUACUGCCUCCAUUUCAGAGACUGGACCUGCUGACUCCACCUCAGAUAACAGACCCACUCUCACCACGUCAGAGAUCAGUUACAAUUUAGACCAAGUGAAACAAUACAAAGUGAACAUCAGCAUCGACCCAGAGGAAACUCCAGAGUCUCUAAUAUACGAGGGAAAGGAAGUGAAGAUAACUCCUGCGUACGUUUACGCGGGCUGUGGCAUUCCUGAUAAUGUUAAAAUCUUCACUCUGUGUAAAGAGAGGUUUCAGGCUGGUAAACAUUACUGGGAGGUGAAAGUGAGAGAGUCACAGAAAACAGUAAAACACUCCUGGUUUGUUGGUGUAGCGAGUGAUAAAGAUAAGAGAAAAUACAAUGUCCCGUCUACACCACAGGAUGGGUUCUGGGUUCUCUGUUAUGAAAGAGGAGAUAAAGGAGUUUAUAUCAGAGAUCAAACAGAAGUGAUUUCACUCCCAGACGUUAAUAAAGAGCUGACAGCAGUGGGAGUGUUUUUAGACUGUGAUACACACACACUGUCAUUUUAUAAUAUUAAUACACACUCACACAUCUACACUUUCACUAAUGUGGACGUCAGAACAUCACUGCGUCCUCUGAUCAGCCCUGGAGUCAGAGACCCUCAUCCUGUAUGGAUUAUUUAGGAGAAUAAAGACAUCUGUAAUAUGAUGAUGUGAGUUUAUAAUGUAUUUAUAUAAAGUGUGUAUACAUACUGUACAUAACACACUCAUUACAUUUUCCAUCUCUGUUUACUGAAGUGUUUCCUCACAGCUGUAAACACACACCUUUACUCUGACGUGUGUGUUAAUGUCGGCACUUCUUUACUGUCCGUGUUCUGAUUUGCUUCUUAAACUUUGUGAAUAAUUGAAUUAAA